AUGGCUAUGAACUUGCAGGAAAAUGUGACCUUGGCCAUGGCCGUGUUCACCAUCCUAGCCUCCAUCUACUUCUUCAACAAGGCUCAGCAGAGAUAUUUCAAGCGUGUGGUGCUGGCAGCGCGCACUAAACGAGGGCACCUGGUUCUGAAGAGCUUCAAGGAUACCCCGCUGGAGGGCUUAGAGCAGCUGCUGCCGGAACUGAAGGUGCGCACGCCCAUUCUGCAGCGCGCCAUGCUCAACCUGAUGCUGGUGGUCUCGGGAGUUGUGUUCUUCGUCAAUGUGGGCAUGGUGAUACUGUCUGACCUCAAGAUGGCCACCUCUCUGCUGCUACUGCUCUUUGCUGCCUUCAUGGGCCUGAGGGCCUCCAAGGUGUUUGGGCAGCGUAGAAGUGCGCAGGCGCUGGAGCUGGCGCACGUGCUGUACUACCGCAGCACAUCCAACAACUCGGAACUGCUCAGUGCCCUGGCGCUGCGCGCACAGGAGGAGCACAUCAAGGAGGCCCUGCUGGCUCGCAGCUUUCUAGCCCGCUGCCCAGGGGGCGCCCAAGGCCUCCCUGAAGAGACCUCCAAGUGGCUACAGUCUGAAGUGGAGAGCUGGCUUCUAGCCCAGUCCGGCUGUGAUGUGGCCUUCAAUGGAUCUCGGGCCCUAGCCCACCUACAAGCCCUGACUCCCAGCUUGGGCUUGAUCCCACCACCUGAGUUGCCACAACUUGACCCACGGGUCCUAGACACUCCAGAGGCCCCGCAGGCUGCUGCGCCCGGUGGUAGCUACCCCUCAUCCUGACCACUUAACCAUGUCCGGUACUGGCAGGGUGCCAAGCUCUGCCUCCUCCAUAGCAAGGUGUCAAUCGCGGCAACUGUAUCUCCUGCCCGGACUCUUGGCUAUGCACUUAAAGAGUAGUCAGUCAGGGCUGCUGGCAGUUGCUAAGCAGCCUCCUGAGGCCAGCCAAUCAAAGUCAUGUAUCUCAGCUUGUAUUUUAUUUCUCGGCCCCGCCCCUGACGGGAACCUCACCCAGGCCGGGAGGAGGGGGCGGAGUUUGGGGAGAUUUGACACAGCUGCUGGAUUGCAGCUGCUGGAGUUGGCACUGUGAGCCCGGCCGGGCUGUGAAAGCUGUGCCUGGAGGCCCUGCUUCAUCUUCCGUUUAGUCUGCACAGGACUGGUUGCCACACGCACCUGGGCGGGGCCCACUGCAGCUGGCAAGCCGUUUGGUCCUGGGCACCUCAACCACGGGCAGCCAAUCAGAAUUCCUGGAGGAAUUCUGCGAAUCCAUGUGAGAUGAGCCAUCUGUUCUGCAGCUGAUCCGUGCUGGUUGAAGGCAAUGGGAACUGCCUGGCCCAAAGAAGACGGUGGGCCUGCAGCAUUCCACCUCAAGAUCACUCCAGCUCAGGCCCAACCAGCCCUUGCUGCAGAAGCCGCUUUGGUAUGGGUCUCCCUACUGUGCACUAUUUAUGAC